AUGGACACUUUUAAAAAUAAUGGACAGUUAGUGAACAGUGUCUACCAGAUAAUGGACAGAGUUAUAGUUUUUCUGGUAUUUGUGUUUGUGGCCAGUGUCUACAGAUACUAUAGUUCGACUAAGCUAUGGAACGGAAGUUUACCAGUGCCUCUUGCCGAUGUUAAUGGACAUGAUAUCCAGGUCGCCGACAAUUCAAUGAAGUCAAUGUUUUGGGAACAUUUGUUCGAAUUUAAAUCCACAUGCGAGUUACCUGCGUUCAAAACAAUACAGCAGUGUGAACAAAUUAACAAACGAGGUGGUCCCUGUUCAUACAUGUGUCGGUGUUAUUUUUAUAAAACCGGCGUUAUGCCCGGCAAAUACUCGAAGCCAUUGGUGCUUCCAAAGCAAGAUAUGGCCAACAUCGAAGCGAUCACAUUGCACGAUUCGUACAUUCAUAACAUUACCAAUACACCCAGUGCUGAGUUGUCUAAGUUAUCAUUUCUAAACCCACGCCAAAAGCUUGUCGCUGGUGAUACGUUUAAGGUAGUCAUUCAGGUGAUUGAUAGAGCAGGAAAACCACGACGUGUCGGUGGAGAUGAUAUCAGAAUAUGGAUGGUUUCUGCUAACAAAGACCGCGGUUUGAAGAUAGUAGGUGAUGUCGUAGACGUUUCAAACGGAACAUACGUCGCAUCUAUAAAAGCUUUAUGGGACGGAAGAUCUGUAAUAUACGCCAAGAUAGAGCACUCCAGGGAGGAAAUUGCGACCCGGCUCAGGUGGCAGCGUCAAUAUCGCACUCUCUACUAUCAUGGAGGUAUAUUCACGAAGUCUAAGCUGAAGGAAGAAACCGCAUGUAGUUUCUUCAGACAGAAAGCUGAAGUAUGCAACUUUACUGUGUUAAAUGGUGGGUUUCCUUGGUAUUGUGAAAAACCAUCCAACCCAAAGUUAACGUGUGCAGAUAUAGAUAGGUUUGAUGAGCUAGGUUACACACCAACCCCUCUUACAGACAUUGAGAUGAAAUUGACACAAAACAGAGACUUAGAAAGAAUUGACGCCAACGCCAAGGAAGGUGGAUUUUUACCUUUACUACUACCUUUGAUAUUUGGUGGUAUCGCAGCGGCGGGUUCAGCAACUGGUGGGAUAUCUGCCGCAGUCAAAGCUGCCAACGCAAAGAAAGCAGCUGAUGCUAAAGCCGCUGAUAAACGCAGACAUAAUUUAGCAAUUGAAAAGCAAGCACAGAAAGCAGCUACUGCAAAAAAAGGUUCAGGAGUGGGAGAUAUGAUAGGCACAAUAAAAGAAUUAGGGAAAAGAUUUGGGGCAGAAACCAAGAAAACUGUUAAACAAGGAUUAAAUAAAUUAGUAGAUAGUAUUGACACAGGAGAAAUUAAAGUCAAACAUAAGGGAUUAAUAGAUUUAAUAAAUGGCGAGGAUAUUCCCAUUGCCGAUGACAAGGAUUUAGUAGCAUACUCAAAAUUUCUACAUGCGAUAAGAAAGUCCGGACCCGGAACAAAUAGAUCGAAAGAAGUUAAACUAUAUAUAAGAGUUAUUGGUCAAGAUGAUGAAUGCGAAGUUGACGAAGUACAUGAUUAUGCUGAAGACAACAAUCCAAUCAUACAAGAAAUAGACGAAUUCGAAGAUAUGGUAUCUGGAGAAGGUAUAACGUUUUUAUCCGACAACAACGAGGAACUACUUAAUAGAUUACGAGUAAUAUUAGCGGCAAUGAAGGAAGGACAUCAAUCACACAGACAAUUUAAUGAAGUGAAUUGUAUACUAAAAAGACUUCUGAAGAAAGGUAUCAUAGAUAAAAAUGAUUAUAAAAUCGUGAUUAAAAAUGUCAAAUAA